AUGCAGCUGUGCGGCCGGCAGAAGGUGGUCCAGCGCAAGAUGGUGCUGCUAGGCGAUGGUGCCUGCGGCAAGACAUCGGCGCUGAAUGUGUUCACUCGUGGCUUCUUCCCGACGGUCUACGAGCCUACAGUCUUCGAAAACUACGUCCAUGAUAUCUUCGUCGACAACAUACAUGUGGAGCUCUCGCUAUGGGAUACCGCCGGCCAAGAGGAGUUCGAUCGACUGCGUGCGCUGUCCUACGAGGACACACACGUGCUCAUGCUCUGCUUCAGCGUCGACAGCCCUGACUCCUUCGAGAACGUGGCGUCGAAGUGGAUCGCCGAGAUCAACGAGAACUGCCCGGGCGUCCCCGUGGUCCUGACCGCACUCAAGUGCGAUCUACGCAAGGACGAGGACAUGAACGACAACCCCAAUACCAUCAGUUUCGACCAGGGCCUCGCGAAGGCAAAGGAGAUCGGCGCUGUGAAAUACCUGGAGUGCUCUGCGGUCCAGAAUCGCGGUAUCAGAGAGAGCUUCUACGAGGCUGCCAAGGUUGCUCUUGCUGUUAACGCAGGCAGUGGCUCGUCCUCUGGCUCGUCUUGUGUCAUUCUGUGA